AUGAAAACUGACUCGUCUUAUCUCAGAUACGCUGGCAUGCUUCUUCAGCACCAUGCAGCAGUCACAGCCGGUCUUAUCGAACUCUAUCAGCGCCUGCUCAAGGGCCAGCCCUGGGAAGGAUCACCGGUAGACGAAUUAAACGGAACCCCAAGCGUGCAUUGCAUUCUUGAGCGACUAGGGGUGAUUGAUGCGGAGGACGAGGUCGACCCUACUCCUAAUCCGACUCUGCAAUCCGACGCCCCCGUUUCGCACGUCCACAGCACAGCAGCUUCUGCCGCCGCCAUUGGAGGAAGAGUCGCCAAAAGCCGCAAACCGUCUACGAAAUUCACCCCAUCACGAAAAGGCUCGCAAGCAGCGUCAGCAGCAGCACGCGAGUUCGACACAGAUCCUCUAUUGUCCCCGUUAUCAACUUCGACGACCAUUGUUCCUCCUGCAGGGUCUUCAUUCUUCGAGACCACCGAGGAUCCAGCACUGGCAACGGGCUAUUUCAACCAAGUCGCAUCCCCAUUGAGCUGUGCGUCGAGAAGCGGCUCCCUUCAGAGUACAACGACUUCAUCAUCGUCGACGUGGGACUCGUCCCAGUCCCCGGACAUCAGCGACGACAUGUUUACAACGCCAAUUCCAACCCCAACGACCACAACCAACAACGAUUCGCAAUGUCAGUCGGACUUUCUGUCUCAAACGCAGCAGCAGCAGCAGUUUCCCGACGGCUCUUUUCCUGUCUAUACCGACGAUCAUCAGACCCCCGUUCAAGUAUCUUACACCUCCGCUGAAGUUCAGGAAACUUGCACGGCCGGAUACUUCCUCGAUGCGACUGGUGGUAUGGGCCUGUACGGCUGGGACGCUAGCAACAUGGGCAGCAAUGUCCCCUUCGGCACCGUGCCUCCCGAUUGCUGCAACCCCUGGGACUCUGGUGUGUUAGGAUGA